GAUAGAAGGAAUUUCCUUGGAAACAGUUCUGGGAGGAUCUCUGUCGAGCCUCCUCCGGUUCUGGAGCUUCUGAGAUUCGAGCUUUGAUUGCGACUUCGUUAGUGCUCUAACUCGUGGAGACCUCUCUGCGUUCGGCUCUUUCGACUGCCAAGUCCUCUGAAGAAAGCGAACUUUAGGAACGCUUGCAGACGUCAACUCUUCCUCGUAAACUUUCUCUUUUCUCACGACUGGUUCUCUUCUUCUGUGCGGUCGCUGUCUUCUGCAUCGCGUUCUUGGGCUCCUUCUGUGUUGAAGAAUCUCCAGAGAUUUUUGCCGGUCUUCAGUAUUCUGUCAGUGUCCAUGGCGUGACUAGACGGACGAGGAUUUCCUCAUUCUCCCUCGCUGCUGUCUCUUUCCGACUAACGGUGUUUCCUCUCUUUCUUCUCUCCUUUUACAUUUGCUUCUCCGUCUGUGUCUUCUCCGCCGACAUCUUCUGAGCUCCUGCUGUCCUCUCUUCACUGUGAAACACCCUAGUUUGUCCUCUUUCCGCUUCUUCUUCUUUUUCUCUGCUUCUUCUCUCUUCUCCUCACUUUUGCUUUUUUCCUCUCCCCCUGUCUCCCUCCGUCAAUCAGAAAGUUCCUGUCGGCUUUUUUUUCAGAUUCCCCCCAAAAUACGUCGCGUUGUCCUCCACUUUGCUUUCGCUCUCUCCCCACCCAUUCUUUCUUUUCUUUCUCUGCCUUGUUUCCUGCUCCUUCCUGCACCUUUGUCAGCCUUCCUUUUCCUUUUUUCAUGCUGCAAUUCCUGUUUAUCGUUUCCGGAAAUUUACACCUAUUUUCCGUUUAUUUUUCAAGAUGGCACAUUCCUAUGCGGAACGCUUGGAUCUGCAUCUCGAGCCGUUCUAUCCGUCGCUGAGUUCAGCGCAGCUCCGCCGGCGUUCUCUCUUCGCAGAUCUCUUUUCUGUCUCUCCCGUGAAGACAGGCAAACCUCCGAGAGAAGCGCCUUCCUCUGCGUUUCCUUCUUCUCUCUCUGCUGCCCUCGCCGCCGACUCUCUCGACUCUUCUUCGUCUCCUGUUUCUCCGGUGAAUUCCUCAGCGCAUGCAGUCAAGCUGUAUCACCCGCCGAGAGACGCUGUGAAGCUCAAAGGCCGAGUCCGGCCGAACGGAGUGAAGUUCAGCAGCACCGGAACGAGACUGUUUGUCGCCUCGAGAGACUCUGUGUUGCUUCUCCACUCAUUCAACGUCGUCACUGAAAAUCAGAUACUCUCCCCGGGCGUCUCCCUCGUCCUCCCCCACAACAGCCACCCGGACGUCGUCGCACUCGCAGGACAAGAGGCGCCUCGCCAAUCGCCUUAUAUUCGGAUAUUCGACGUCCGCGUGCCCUUCAGCAAGGCGAGCAGCGCGUCGGUCCGCGACACACCAGUGCUGGAGAUUUGGGGCGCGUCUGAGGAGCCUUGGUGGACGGGGAGUUGGAGCAGCAGAGGCGGCGAAAUUGUUUGUGUCGAUCGCAAGGACGUCCUCCACGUCGUCGAGCUCCCGGCAGCUGUCCGGACACCGCAGCGCCUGGCCAUCAACAUCCCGGCGGCCCAGCAGGUGAUCGGCGUCCGUCCUGCGUCUCUCGCGGCUUCGGGAACUUCUGCCUCCUCGAGAGCGACCGAGAACGCAAAAAGCGGCUCUGGGCCUUCGACCAAGACCAACGCAACUGGAACAAAAGUCCAAACGAAGGGUGGAACAGACUCUUCAGUGUCUUCUGGAAAAACGCCUUCCUUGUCUCCUUCUUCUGCUGCCUCUUCGUCUUCAUCUUCGUCUUCGUCUUCAUCUUCCUCUGCUUCUGCAUCUUCUUCUGCCUCGUCUUCUGCCUCGUCUUCGGCCUCUUCUUCGCAGAUUCAGAGGUCGUCUUCGUCCGCUGUGUCAAGGCGGCAGGAGAGUGCGUUGGCCUCGAGGUGGAUAACGCGGAGACAGUUGAGAGGCGUGACGAACGCGAUGGCGUUCGCUGCAUCCGGCAAAGCGCUGUUGCUCGGUCAAGAAGACGGCUCUCUGCAUGCGCUUCCUGCGGAUCCGCUCCUGCCUCUGGCAGAGACUCCGUUCGUCCUUCCCUCGCUGCACCCAGGCGGUGUGACUUGCGUCGCUUCGGACCCCACAGAUUCCUUUGUCGCUUCGGGAGGGAACGACCAGCUCGUGAACCUCUUGCAUGCAGAGACGCUCGCGGUCGUCGGCUCUCUUGGGCGCACUGAGGGAUCUGUGCAGACGCUCGCCUUCUCCUGCGACGGCCGCCUCCUCGGCUGGGGAUGCAGAGAACACAAAGGAGGAGGCAGCGCCGAAGACCGCACCGCGGCGUCUCGCAGCAGUUCUGAGCCUCUGGCCUCGGGUGACGGCGAGUCGUUUCUGACUCUUGCAGGGACAGAUCCCUGCGAAAUUUACUUUCAGCAUCCGACCGCGGCGCCCGUCGCUUCUGUCGCUUUCCAUCCUUCGCGGUACAUCUGCGCCUUCGCGACAGAGGCCGAGUUCCAGGCUCAGCAGGCGGAGACGCCGCGAGGCGCAGGGGCAAGUUACUGGGCCAAGCAAAGCGCCGGCGCAAGCGCUGUGCAUCCUCUGGGCAUUCUCACCUUCGAGUGAACGCGCGCGAGACGCGACUGAAUUUCACUGCAAAUUUGCGCCGCUCCCUACAGCGUUUUCGAUCGACGCAAGGCCUAUGGAGAAGGCCCCAGGGCGGCCCAAACCGCGGUCGCCACUGUCGCAUGCAAACAAAGGGAAAAUCCAAGUCCGAAGACCCAGUUUGUGUUCCCCGGAAUACCAUCCGUCUCGUCUGUGGAAGAAAACUUGAGGGAGUGCUGCAGGAGCAAGGAGAGAAAUCCAUGCAUUUACGUACAUGCAUAUAUAUAUAUAUAUAUAUAUAUAUAAAUGCCUGCAUGUCUGCGUAUCCAUGCAUAUAUAUUUUGUAUUUAUAUAUAUAUAUAUAUAUAUAUCAUCAUGCAUGUACAUUUAUGUACACAUCAUUGUGAAUUGUGCUUUUUCUUGGCUCUCUGGAGCGUCAACUCGCUCGUGGCGCGGUCUCUCUGGAAACUGCGAGUGGUAAAGAAGAGCGAACAGCAAGGCGAUAA